AUGCCCAUUUUAUUCUUGAUUAUAUUAUUACUGUUUCCGAUCUCCGACGAAGUGCACUUCAAUGGUGGAAACAUCAGAUGGGUACCAAUAAAUCCCUAUAACAAUUCGAGUUCCGUUCAAAUAUCUAUUAUACAAUCUUAUUGGUGGACCUACCCAACCAUAACCUGUGCAGCAAAUGUACCAAUUUCUACAAGUGGUCGAAGUAGUGCAAAUGCUAAUUUGACAUGUGUUGCUGAUUGUUCAACUGACGGUGGUUAUUCGAAGAAACCAGUCAAUAUUUUGACUGAUUGUACUUCAUUUAGUUCAUCAUUGGGCAUAUUGACCAGUCAACGAUCAGUUAAUAUUACACUUAAUGCUAGUGCGCAUUUUUAUAUAGCAUAUCAAGGAAGUGCUUGGCUUACCUUGAAUAAUCCAUCCAAAAGUAAUCUAUAUUGGUCUAUUUUGAGUUUUAUUGAUCUUCGAAUGCGAUCCGAUGGUUUUAUUAAUACUCCACCUGUAGCGAGUGUUGUUUCUCCACAAUACGCGAUUGUGAAUAAGACACUACAGAUUCAAAUACCUGUAUCAGAUUCAAACCAAGGUGAUGAUGUGGAAGAUUUUAUCAACGAAACAAGUCUUAUUCCAAUGAGUUCAGUACCAGUUCAAUUCUUGAUCUAUGUUAUGCCAGAUCCAGCAUGUUACAAUGCUCCUGUUAUUCUUCCUUUAACAGGUUGUUUCGAAGUAACAAUUGGUGUUACUAAGAGUUUCAAUCUUUCUGUAAUAAAUUCGUGUGAUCCCAGUACCACUGACAUUGCUGAUGUCAUUAUUUCACAAGGAUUUGAUGAUAUUCAAAUUAGUAACUUGACAACUUCAUCACUAAAUACAUCGCUUGUUUACGUCACAUUUACUUGGACGCCACAGGCAAGUCAACUUGGGACACAACAAUUAUGCACCAUUGCCUAUACCAGUGACGAAGUACAAUCAGCACAAUAUUGUGUAACAUUCACAGUGAUAAUGUCAUCUAUACCCUGUAUGACGACAACAACGUCAACAUCGACGACUACUUCCACAAGCACAUCCGGUACAACAAGCACAACAACAUCGGUGACAACAACCUCAACAUCUAGUUCAACAUCGACUACCAUCAGCUCAACAACAACAUCAAUAAUCACACCUACUACAACAAGUGAAUCGUCUAAUAAUCAAUCUCUAAUUCUUGGAUUAGGAAUCAGCCUUGGUUUAUUAUUACUCCUAGCGCUUAGUAUAUUGAGUCUAUUUCUUUGUUGUCAAUGGUGUUCUGAAGGUUUCUGGAAACGAAUUCGUCAAAGAUUUUGGGAAAAGAAGAUCAAUCCUUGUGAACACUAUCAGGAAGAACAUGUCUUUUAUAAACCAAUGAACAAAAAUAACAUAUCUCAAGAGCCCAUAACUUACCGAGAACAGUACAUUAAUAAGGAAUCAUUAAUACCGAUGAAACGUCUAGCACGCGCCGAUUCGUUUCUCUCCAGUUCAUCAUCACAUUUUGAUCAGAAUUGGACAAUAGUAACACGAACGACACUUUUGUCAGCACUCUCGCAUAGUUCUAUGCCAAGUGCAGAUAUUCCUUUGCAAACGACCCAUCUAACACAACCAGCAUACCCAGAUUACAGUGGUUCGAUUCUUGUUCGAGCUUAUGUUGAACAAAAACAAAGACAUACAUGA